AUGAGGAGUGGGAGAGUGAAAGAGCAGGAUGAGACAGAUCAACAGCUCAGUAAUUUCACCAUGUCUCUCAUCGGGAAUACCAGAGCUUUAAGGUUUGGAAGAGAAAACAUUCUGUUGGGAGAAGAGGAACUUUAUCUGGAUCUCAGUCAGAUCACACCCAGAACUAGAGAGGUGUCUGGACGCUGUGUGUCAGUGAUCAACAUGCUUGGGUUGCAUGAACUUCCCCAGCAGUCGACUGACACUCACAUCAGCCACUUACUGAGAGACCACGAAAUCCACGUCUUCCUCUAUGUCUUACCCUUAGGCCUGCUCACAGAUGAGGAUAAGAUGGUACUGGACUGGCUACAGAGAACAUUUGGUGAAAAGUCUCUGGACUUUGUGAUGAUUGUCUUCACCUAUGAGACUGAAGAUCAAAAAGACACAGUCAUAGAUGAUCUCAAGAAAAAUGCUGUUCUUGAACAGAUAGUUCAGAAAUGUGGAAAAAGAUAUUACACCUGUGAUAAGAGACUAAACAACCGAUCAGAAAUCAGCACACUGCUGGAAAGGAUUGACAGACUAAUCUCUCAAAACAAACAGGCCUGUUACACUGGUGAGAUGUAUAAAAAGGAGUUAAAAGCAAAAGAAAUACUGACAAAAUAUUCUAAAAGCCAAAGAAUAUAUCAGAAGACAAGAUCAAACUCAGAUGAAGAAGAUAGGACAGCAAAGAAAUCUCAACACGCACCAAAGAGAGGGAAAUUACAAGAGUUCAUCAGCAAGGAAAAUAAAGAACAAAAAAUUAAUCAACUGCUGAACAGCAUUAACCUUACUGGCAAGUAUGAAGAUAAACUGAAAACUGAUGACUUUCUGGAAAUAAGAAAAUCUCCCUCACAGCACAAGGAGCCCUGCUCAAAGAAGACAAUGGUGCAAAUUUUCCUACAAAGGCUUUUCACAAUGGACUACAGGGCAAGGUACACUCUGGUAAGAGAAGAAACCACAGGGACUUCCACUGUAGAACCAGGAGGAGUGCAAGCUUCAGGCCUUGAAAGAGGCAGUGAUUUCUUUGCCUCUAUUUUUAACCCAAAAUCUGCUAGUGAGGCAAAGAAACCAUCUCAUAUCCACCCCAUGGAUGUUCAGAUGGCAGUGUUUCACUGUGCUGACAGGUUCCUCCAGCAGUUCAUGGUGACUAAACUGUCACAGUGUCAGUAUGCCCUGCCUCUGCUUGUGCCCAAUCCCUUCACCCAACAGAUUGAGUUUCCUUUGUGGACAUUUCACCAGAUCAAGAAGAGCUGGACAUCAGUUGAUAAGUCUGGCAAGAUAAUCAGCAACAGUCAACCAGUCUACAAGGCAGAAACACCAAUGGUGUUCUUCUUCAGGCUUGGCACUCCAUCUUCCUCCAAGUCUCAGCUGAUGAACAGUCUGAUAAAUGAGAAACACAACACAUUCUUUCAUCGGCAGUGCCGUGGAAACAGUAAGGCAUGCCUUCUGAUGGAUGGGGUUGUUGAGAUUGCCUGGUAUUGUCCCUCUGGAAAAGACACUGAUCAUUUCUCGGAUUGUGUUGCAUUCUGUAAUCUCCAUGGUGAUGCAGCUGUCACUGGCAAUCAGAGGAAGCUCCUAACUGAGAUGGCCUCAGUCAGUGUUGUUCUUAUAUCCACAUUUGAGGCAAAUGACAAAAGUAAGGCGAUCCUGAAAGAGCUCUCGGACUCUCCCAGGCCUCUCAUUUGCGUAUUAGUUGAAGAGGACAGCACUGUUAAUGGGUAUAAAGGAAAAUUUAAACUUGGAUUGAAAGACAGAAACCAGUUUGAUGUAUCAGAGGAUCUUAAGUUUGCUAUCAGACAAGGGCUCAAAAGGUCAAAUACCACAUUUAAACUUGAAACUUUGAAAAAGUGCAGUGGAAUCAGAGUGGAUGAGGAUGACAAGGACUGUAAAAGAGGGAGGAAGGCAGCAGACGAGAUGAUUAAUCGGCUGAAGGAUAAGGAACUGUCCUCUAUAAAACAGAAAUAUCUGCCUUGUCAGGGAAAACCGUGGCAUGACUGGUGUCAGAAAAACAAAGAACUCCAUCGACUUCAGGGAAACAACUUAGAGAUUGAUAAGAAUGCCAUACAACAGGACAUGAAGAUACUAAGAUAUCAGCAAAAUGUAUGUGGAUCUAGUUGUCUUGUGGACGCAUUUGUUUCAAAUCUACAUUCAAUGACAGUCAGAGAGGCAAUGUAUUUUAUCAGGUGGGUUGGGAUCCUCCUAGAUGACUUCAGUUCAGAUAAACUAUCAGAGCUCAAUCAUGAAUAUGAUGAAAAGUGGAAACAAGUCUUGAUUUUGAAGAGGACACGUAAUAAAUCAGAGCAACUCAAAGAGGAUCAGAAACGACUUGAAAAAAUAUCAAACAAACUGAGCGCAGCAACAUUUGGCUUGGAACACAUCAUGAGGGAAAUGGGACAGUUGUAUGAGUGCUGGAGAUCACUCUAUGAAAGAGACCACAAAAAAAAAGACCUCUCUCACUUUCCUCAUCUGGCUGCCAAACUCAUGAUUUCUGGACACCCAAUGGAGCUAAUGGAUGGUGAUGCUGCUCAUGUUCCUUUAAUCUGGGUUACUGCUGUUCUAGAUGAGGUCAUCAAAAGACUGGGAGACCAGAGAGUCUUUGUGCUCUCAGUUUUGGGUAUCCAGAGCACUGGGAAAUCCACAAUGCUGAAUGCCAUGUUUGGACUCCAGUUUGCAGUCAGUGCUGGCAGGUGCACCAGAGGAGCUUUCAUGCAGUUGGUCAGAGUCACAGAGGAGAUGAAGGAAGAACUGAAAUUUGACUACAUUCUAGUUGUUGACACUGAAGGACUUAGAGCUUUAGAACUGGCUGGGAGAUCAACACAACACCAUGACAAUGAACUGGCCACAUUUGUUGUUGGUCUUGGAAACCUGACAUUGAUCAAUAUCAUGGGAGAGAACCCUGCUGAGAUGCAAGAUAUCCUUCAGAUUGUUGUUCAGGCCUUCCUGAGGAUGAAGAAGGUCAGACUGUCUCCCAGCUGUGUGUUUGUCCAUCAGAAUGUUGGAGACAUCACAGCAAGAGAGAAGAACAAAGAGGGAAGGAGACGACUGCAAGAGAAACUAGAUGAGAUGACAAAGUUAGCUGCGAAAGAAGAAGUCUGUGAUGCAGAGUGUUUCAGUGAUGUCAUUUCUUUUGAUGUACAGAGAGAUGUGAAGUACUUUGCUCAGCUCUGGGAGGGCAGCCCACCCAUGGCUCCACCAAACCCACAUUACAGUGACAAUGUUCAGGAACUGAAGAUGGAUAUUCUCUCGCGAGCAACAAAGUCUCAGUGCAUGACAUUAUCACAAUUCAAACUACGCAUUCAAAAUCUCUGGGAAGCACUGCUGAAUGAGAAUUUUGUUUUUAGUUUCAAAAAUUCACUGGAGAUCGCAGUGUAUAGGAAACUAGAGGAGGAGUAUGGAAAAUGGACCUGGAGUCUCAGGAGUGCUAUGCUUAGUACUGAGGACAAACUACACACCAGAAUAAACAACCAAAAACUUCACAGAGUUGAAGAAACGGAUCUUGUAGAUGAAAUGAGAAAGACACUUCAAAAUGUGGAACAAUCAAUGAAGCAAUACUUUGAGGAGAGCAGAGAAAAGGAAACCCUGAUUCAGUGGAAGGGAAAAUUUCAAGAGAAAAUUAAGGAGGUUCACAAUGACCUUGUGAAAAGAGCCAAAGGAAAACUGGAUGACAUUAUUAUUCAUAGGAGAGUUUUCAAAACUUUAAGUGAAAAGAAGACAUUGUAUGAGGCAAAACUGUUUGAAAGGAGCAAAUCAUUUGGCUCAAAGCUAAAACAUAAGGCCAGUGACAAGAAUGAGCUGAGGAAAGAGUUUGAUACAGUUUGGGAAAUGUGGGUCGAAGGCUUAACACACGACAUUCCUCCAGUUAAAGACACUGAGAUAUCAAAGGAUGUGAUCAGCAUCCUCAGUGAGAGCUAUGAAUGGAACCUUGUUCACACCAGGCAAAGAUGUAAAGAGUACAAAAUCAUUGACAGGUUGACUGAUCAUUCCAGUUAUGUGACAAAGAGGUACCAGCUGAAAUCAUCAGAGGAUAAACCCCUAACAUCAGAAGAACAGGACUCAAUAAAAACAUUAAUAACCAGUAUCAUCCAUCAAAGUAUGGACAUUGUGACGUCAAAACCUGUUUCAAAGAUGGGCUACAAUAUCAGCUAUAUUCAAGAAAUAAUACAAUUUGUCAAACAAAAUGUUUCAAAGCAUGAAUCCCCCAAAUAUGUGUUCAAAAAAGAGUUCAUGGUGGAUCUCUUACUCCACGUGUGUGAGCGUGCAGGUGAUGCUUUUGCUGAGCACUACAAAGCCUUUAGAGAAGCGAAUGAUCCACAGAUAUACCUGGCGAAAAAGAAACCUGAGUAUUUUAAUGUCUUCCAGGGAUUCUGCCAGGGUGUGACAGCUGCUGAGGUGCUUGGUGGCCUAAUCUGUAGUGGACUAAGAGAGCCAAUCCUGAAGAGUGUGUACAAUCAGACAGCCAAUGAUUUAGCUGGAGAAAUCAGGGCAAAUUUGCCAGCAUUCAAUGGGAACAGAUCUAACCUGGAGAAACACAUUCUGAAGUCACUUGCUGAAGAGGAGAACUUUGACAAGUUCAUGCUGUACAUCCACAAUCCCAGAGAACACUUUGAGAAUUUCAUUAGAGAUAAAGUUAAUCAGUACAUGACGGCAGAUAAUCCCAAAGCCCUCACCAGGAUUAAAGGCCACAUUAAACACAAACAGCAAUGCAUAAUCACAGCAGCACAGACAGCAACAGCUCAAGUCAAACGAAAGAAAGGAGAUGCUAACAUGUGGCUGCGGAACUUUUCAGACAGUCUCACUGAUGAACUAGAAUACAGUAAAGAUCACCUCAGUAGUAAAACAUGCCAGGACAUCACUGACUUUGACUUUCUGGAGGAGGUGGUGAAAAGAGAACUCAACACAGUGAUUGAAGAGCUGAACAGCAGCUUCACCAGUCUGUCUGAUCUCAACAUGGAGAUGUUCAGGGAGAGGCCUGAUGAGAUUCUCAUCAAACACUUCUGUCAGUGCUGCUGGGAAAAGUGUCCCUUCUGUAAAGCCAUCUGUACCAACACUAUAGAGGGGCACACAGAGGAUCACAGUGUGCCUUUCCAUCGCUCAGGUGGAGUUAAUGGGAGUUAUUAUGAAGAUACAACUAAUUUUUUAGUUGAGUUUUGCACAACUUCAGUAGCAAGUAAGAAGGGGUUCCGCACAUCACCAGACUUAAACGAAGAAUUUCUUUUCAAAGAAUAUAGAAGCGCAGGUCCACCAUACUCUGACUGGAGCAUCACCCCUGACCUCUCUGAGCUGCCGUACUGGAAGUGGUUUAUGUGCCGAUUUCAGAAUGAACUGGAAAAGCACUACAACAAAACUUUCCAAGGGAAGGGAGAGAUUCCUAGUGAAUGGUGGAACUACACGAAACAGGACGCCAUUGAGAGUUUGGAUAAAUACAUGUAA